UCUCUGUCAGUGUGUGUCGGUUAUCGCUCGCUUGGUUCUCCGGUGUGUAUGUGAGUUCGGUGUUCCGCUCAUCAUGUCCUCCGCGGGAGCUGCUUGCGGACCGGGACCGAAUCACGGCGGCUCUGUUCCCGCGCCCGGCGCCUCAAACCCGCGAAAGUUCAGCGAGAAGAUCGCGCUGCACACGCAGAGACAGGCGGAGGAGACGGCGGCGUUCCAGGAGGUCAUGAUGGACCUCACCUCCACACGGGUAACGAACACAUACACGAUUCAGGCGCAGAAGGUCCGUUUGGCACGAACUCAGGGCCCAUAUUACGGCGGAUCUCUGCCCAACGUCAACCAGAUCGGCAGGAGUGCCUCGGACCUGCAGGGCUCGUUUCCCUCUCCGCUGGACUCCAAUCGCUCCACACGGCAUCAUGGUCUGGUGGAGCGUGUGCACAGAGACCGGCGCUUCAUCUCUCCCAGCAGACCCUACAGGAGACAAAUGGACAGCUCUCACAGCAACUCAGUGUAUCUGUCUCCGCCCCCCGACCCCAGCUGGAGAAGGAACUGGAACAGUAACUUUGCGACGGACAAGAGCCAGAUAUUCCAGCAGCUGCCGACCACAGCGCUCAACAGGACUAACUCGGACUCGGCGCUGCACACGAGUGUGAUGAAUCCUCCGGCUGGAGAUCCGUUCUCCACCGGACUCCGCCGGCCAGCCGUCUUCUCCUAUCCUGUUCCUCCCAUCGAGGAGAACAGUCCUGACGACGGACGCCGCCUCAAACCCUGGGACUCCAGCAAGCUGUCGCUGCUCUCUUCACGACCAAAGUCCUGUGAGGUGCCUGGAAUCACUGUGUUUCCGUCUCCGGACCAGCAGGGCGGCGCUUCUCACGGCCCGAUGGUGUUGAAUACGGGCGGCUCUCUGCCGGAUCUGUCCAGCCUGCACUUCCCGUCUCCGCUGCCGACCCCGCUGGACCCGGAUGAGCCGGGAUACCUGGCUCUGAGCGGCGGCGGCAGCACGGGGAACCUGACCUGCACCCUCACGCAGCUCGGCAUCCACAGCCCCAGCGCCUUCCACUCCACAGGUCUGCUGCAGUCUCUGCAGGGCACGUCCAGUAACCCCUCCCUCCAGUCGUCGCUUAGCAACCCCAACAUCCAAUCGUCUCUCAGCGCUCACUCGUUCCACAACUCACUGAGCUCCGCCUCCCUGCACUCGUCCCUGAGCAACCCCUCCCUCCAGUCUUCGUUAAGCUCCUCCCCCUCGCUGAGGUCAUCGCUCAGCAGCCAGUCGCUGCAGUCGUCGCUCAGUAACUCCUCCCUCAGCGGCUCCUUCUCUGCGCUGCAGUCGCAGACUGGCUCAUCCCCGCGCAGACGAGCGCAGCUGACCCCGGUGAUCCUCCCUGCAGACACACGCAGACAUCACCCCAAACAGUUCUCCCCCACCUCCUCCACCCUCAGCUCCAUCACACAGGGUGUGGCUCUGGACACCAGCAGGCUGCAGGUGGAUCAGAGGUUGUCUCCGUAUUCUUUUGGCCAGCAGCAGCAGCAGCAGCAGGUUCAGAAGGGUCUGGGUCUUCACCUGCACAACAUGCAGAACCUGCAGAAGACCUUCCAGAUGCAGCCGCACAAGCGGCCGAGCUCCGGUCAGAACCAGAACCCCAACCCCGUGAGUUACAGGUCUGCAGAUGCCUCGCAGCCGGAACAGACCCGGUCCGAGCAGCAGAACCAGAUCAGUCCGGCUCUCAGUGGAGAUCUGGACCUGUACAACGACACAAUGUUCCUGAACUCACUGCUGGACGACCCAUACCUGGGCCUGCAGAUACGCCAGAACCAGCAGUUGAGUCUGGACUCUCAGCUGGAGGCUGUGAAUCAUGGCGGUGGUUCUGCUGCGGUUCUGAAGGCUCAGAGCGACUCGUAUCACAGUCAGCUGGAGCUGCUGGACUCCUCAGAACAACAGAUGUUCAACCAGAACCAGAACCAGAGCUACACAGACGGGCGGCACGCCGUGCCCAACAUCAUCCUGACCGGAGAUUCCUCAGGACUGUCUAAGGAGAUCACGAGCGCCCUGUCCUGUGUCCCGGGCUUCGAGAUGGACCCGUUCUCUUCGGACGACCCGCUGGCGCUGGAGGGUCUGGGCAUGCUUACAGACGGUGACCUGAUGCUGGCUGACCCCGCCGUGGAGGACUCCUUCCGCUCUGACCACCUCAAGUGACCCAUGCACACACGUUUGAACCCUGAGCUUCUGCCCUUUAACGCUGCGCUUCUCAGACGAUCAAAGCCGCACCGUCCACUUCCUGUUACAGAUGACCAAUCACAGCCACGUGCCUCCACCGAUCGCUGCUCAGGCGCUUCAGUCCCAGCAUGCACUGCACCGCACCAGGUUAAUGCAGAACCCACUCGUGCGCUUAAAAGUCGCUGUUUCGUUCAGAUGUGACGAGUGAAACACUUCAUUUGAUCUGUUUGAUGUCUCAGCCAAUCACGUGAGUUUGGGGCGGGGCUAUCGGUCUGACUGACCAAUGACAGACAGGGAAAUAAUCAUGUAAUGUGGCCGUGUUCAGAACAGCAUACUAUCAUACUGCAGAAAACAACAGGACAGAUAGCGUCUCCCAAAAUGCAUUGUGCUCAAUGCAGAAUAAAUUUAGAUUUUUAUUUUCGUGCAAUGAUGCAUACUAUCAACUGAAACACUUACUGUGGAAUAAUCGACCUACUGUCUAUAAAAAUGAUAUAUAGUUUAAUGUAAUAUUUAUUUUUUAAUAUAUUACUAUGAAAAAGUAAUUAAUUCCUAGCUGCUAAUUACAUCUUCAACCGUGUAGUUACUCUUAAAAAAAAAAAAAAAUAAAUCAUAUAUAUAUAAAUAUAAAUAAUAAUAAAAAAAAUAAAAUUGCAUAAAUUCAUGAACUGUCCGAAGUAUUUUAAGGGGAGGAGGUUACAUUAAAAGCAUACAUUUUAAAAAUCAGAUGUUAAAUUUUGAAGUUUUAUAUAGAAUUGUUCUAUAAUCCAAACAGUGUUUAAUGCAAUUACAUCAGAAUGAACUGUGAUUACAGACAAAUUAAGAGUAAUGUUACUUUAAUUCUUCAAAGGAAAAGUAAUUAAAAAUGCAGUAAUUAAUUACUUAAUUUACUUACUGUGUGAGUAUAUGUAUGAGAGAAUAACAAUCAGUGAUGCAAAACUCUGAAAAAAGAAUGAAAGCAGAGAAUAGUGUAAUUUUACAGAUUAGUAUGCACUAUAUAGUGUGCACUGUGUAGUAUGCAGUGAGCUAGUAUGCCGUUUUAAACACAGCCGUUAUCUUUAGACACGCGUCACCUUCAAUGCAUGAGAACAGACGUUGUUUUGUCCCAGAAUUCAGUCUGCUCAUGUUUAAUGAUGAUUCUGAUGAUCUCUGAUCCAGACUCUCUGUACUAGUUAAAGCAGCAGCGUGUUUGUGUCGCCGCAUGCGUUAAACCACUGAAACAGUGUCGUAAAUGACCAAAUAUGUGUGUGACAUCCACUUGUGUGUGUGUGUGUGCACGUGUGUUGUGUGUGCGCGUGUGUUGUGUGUGUGUGUGUGUGCGCGUGUGUGUGAGGUUUACUGCGAUCCGCUCGUCUGCACUCUCUUCUGCCUGUAUUUGCACGAUUAUUCUCCUGAGCAAGGCCAUAUUCAGAGGAACACGUAUUUUUAUGUAACUUAAUACUGCGUACUAUGAGAUUUAUUUUUAAAUAAAGUUGCCAUACAUGUUUAUGUGCAUAAAUGUAUAUUUGUAUAUCAAACAAAUUAAUAUGUUGAGAAACAUGUCGAUUGCCAGGUGGAUUAUGAAUGUUUUCAGGUGAAUCUCACAAAUUUAGUCAAGAACAAAACGUCACAAUUCACCUCAAAAUCAAAGGGAAGAAAUUAUAAAUUAUCCUUUGCGCAAAAAAAAAAAAAAAAAAAAUGUUUAGCCCAAAUUCUCAUGACAUGCAGUGAUUUUAGUGGGUAAAUGGGCUGAACUGUCUUAAAGUAAUAUCACAAAAAAAAAAAAAAAAAGGUUUGAGAUUCUGGAAAUGAUUUUUAAUAAAGUCUAGAAUCAGUUUUCAUUACAAAUAGAUCUUAGAAUCUCAUGGGCAUUUUAUCUAUCACAUUUUAACAUUAAUUUUGCCAUAAAAUUAGUCAGAAGCUUUUGGAAGCUGGUUUCUGCCACGGAAUAAAAAAGUAAAAAUGGUAAUUGCAACUUUUAUCUCACAAUUCUGACUUUUUUCGCGCAAAUCAGAAUUGAGAAAAAAUACGGAAUUGUGAGAAACGUAGAAUUACGCUAUAAACAUUAUUUUAAAAUUAGAAUUGCGAGAUAUAAACAUAGAAUUGUGCUAUAAACACAAUUUUGAUAAUCUCAGAAUUGCAAUUAGAAAGUUGGAAUUGCGAUAUAAAAUUACAAUUGACAUAUAAACUCAGAAUUGAGAUAUGAACAUUAAAUUUCGAUUAUCAGAAUUGUGAUUAUAAAGUUGGAAUUGCGAAAUAAAAUUAGAAUUGUGAGAUAUAAAAACUCAGAAUUGCGAGAUAUAAAUUGUGAAAUAUAGUUUCGGCCAUGGAAAAAAAAAAUUAAAUGGUAAUUGCACAAUCAAUCUCACAAUUCAAACUCAGAAUUGCGAGAUAUAAACAUAGAAUUGUGCAAUAAACUUAUUUCAAUGAUUUUCCGAUAGAAAGUUGAAGUUGCGAUUUAAAAUUAGAAUUGUGAGAUAUAAACAGAAUUGAUAUAAACUCAGCAUUACAUUUUUUUAUUUUUUUAUUAUCCUGUGGCGGAAACGGGCUUCCAUAGAAGCUGGUGUGUUAAACAAACAAACAAACAAACAAAACAUAAUUUCCUUCAAGACGAAUCUGAUUUCUGGUCUGUCUUGCUGUGAUUGUGUUGAUGGUUUUCUGGGUCCGAGUCUCAGCGAGCGGCAGGUUUCUCUGCUGAAAGUGAAGCGAGUGUUGGAUGUUGGACUCGGCGCCGGACGCUGCUAGUAAAACAUCGAGUCCGGUUACUGUGUGCAGGUUAACAAGUGUUAGUUAAGCUUCAUUUAAACCACAUGCAGGAGCAGAAUUGUUUUUCAUUUUUAAUUCAGAUUAGACAUGAAUCUGUCCACGAAAGUGUUUAAAGUCAGCGUCUGAGGGUUUGUUUUAAAUAUUAAUGUAUUUUAAUGUUACAGAAGCAUGUGUGUCUGAUGUUUGCAUUGCACUGUAAAAUCAGCUGUUGAGCAGCUCGGGUCUGAUAGAAAUACAUGAUGAAAAGAUCAGCUGUCGACUGACUAAAAGCUUCGUUAUCGGUUCGUGUCAUGCUUGAGCUCUUCACUGUGUUAUAUAGUCCUAGCUUUUGUCUAGGUAUGAAAAGAAACAAAAUAUGCGCAUUCUAUUUUAAGAUGUACUUUUAUGAUUGUUGCUCUUAAUUUUUGUUAUUUUGAUAACCAGGGAAACCGUGUAUGUUGUAAAUAAUAUCCUGAAAGCAUAGGUGCUUCUGACGGAACAUUUUUUAAGACUGUAUCCUCACCUUAUUUUACAGAAAAAUAAAGAGUUUAAGUGAAUAUGUGCA